UUUUUGACGGCAGGGAGCUGACCCGAUGACAUACCAGAGCUUAGUCUCUACACUGUAACUUUUGUUCAAUAACUUUUUUGCUUUCUUUCUUUUCAUUCAUUUCGCAAGAAGAACAGUCUGCAGAGAGGAGUACCAGUUAUUGGCGCGUGACCAGUUGGGAUUCGGCGCACCGUAGGCCUAUUUAAAGAGCUCGUGAGGCACCACUUCCCUCCUUUUCCCGUCGUGACACCGGCGAUGCUGGCCGCUCUCUCUCCUUUUUGAAAACAGUCCACAACAGCAUCACUUUCUUCAUUUGCACUACAAUAGGCUACCUUCGUGUCCCAAACAGUACAUUAUGCAAUACAAUGCGAUAAAGUGUAUUUUCAAGUGCAGCAUUAUUUUUGAAAGCAUUUUUUUCGUGCUCACCAUAUUGCGUUUACGGCAGUGAUACUGUUGGGGGCGAAACUACAGGUUUCGAAGGAGCUUGUCUUCAUCUCUGACCUCAUCGACUCCGCGUGGGACCCUCGUCGCUCCGUUUCUCCGGGGAGACAGUUGGCAUUCACCGUCCCCGUCGGAUGAAGAGACACACUCAUACACACUCACGCGCACAGAGAUGAGGAGACUCCUCGGCAUCUCUCAGAUGCUCGCGACGCUGCUGCUCAACAUCUCACCUGUCCAGGCCUCCACCUCCCCCUCCCCCAGUAGAACACUGCCCACAGGUGCACCAGUGCUGUUUCACGAGGUGUGGGAGCGGUCGCUGUGCAGGUCUCUGGAGGUCAUGGUACCAGUGGAGCAGGAGUACCCCAGUGUAGUGGAGUUCUUCUUCAGUCCGGCGUGCGUGCUGCUGAGACGCUGCUCUGGUUGCUGUAGCGACGAGAACCUCGAGUGCCACCCCACCGUCACACACAACGUCACCAUGCAGCUCCUCAGAAUAACACCGUCAGAGAAGACCAGGAGCUACGUGGACCUCAGCUUCACCGAACACGACGUCUGUGAAUGCAGGCCACGGAGGAAUUAUUUGAAAAACAGAAGUGGAGACAGGCAUGGUGGUCGUGCCAGGAGGAGGAAGGGCAGGAAGAGGAGCAGAGACUGCAGCAAGUGUGUCCAUCCGCGCAGCGUCUAACGGGACAGGAAGCACUGAGGCUGGGCCUGCAUUCCUCUCUCUCUCUCUCUCACACACACACACACACACACACACACACACACACUCUCUCUCUCUCUCUCUCUCUCUCUCUCUCUCUCUCUCUC